AUGCGAAAUACAAGACCAGCAAAAUAUAUACCCCUAUUUAAUAGGUUCACGCCACGAUCCGGGGAAACAUCUCUGCACUGGCAAAUUGUUGAUGACUCAACAUAUCAUGCUUCGUCCCGGCCGGCUCCAAACGGCUCCGAGCGUGUGGAAACGGGCUCUUUCCGGCUUCGAGUCGCGCAUCACGCGCCACGGGACCUCCAGCGACGACAAAAAGGACCUGAUUCUCACGUUGCAGACCAGCAAGCACGACAAGCUGAUCAACAAUUUGCUGCUCAAGCACUCGGCCAGAAGCGAGAUCCAGCUGCCGGAGCCGCUCCAGAAGCCAGAGAUCCAGCUCUCGGACACGCUGCGCGUCGCCCUGAUCAGGGUCCCGACGCCCCGGCGGCUCGACCCGGAAACUUUGCGGGGAAUCGCCCUAACGCUGCGGAAAUUGGUGCAGCUCGGCGUGUCUCCGGUUUUGGUGCUCGACGGAAAGCACCCGAUAGCUGCUGGCGAGUCGCGGCUGCUGACGGUCAAGGACUUUGUGCACCAGUGCGACACGCUGAUCCAGGCCCUCCAGACAGAAAAUCUGCAGGCACGGGCUGUCAGGGGCCUUUUUGA